GACGACAACGCGCAUCUACUUGUAGUUGGUCUCAGCGUCCACAUUGAUCACUGUGACCAUGCUCAGCAUACAUUCCACAUCAGUGGACAUCGAGGGCGUGCCUACGGAAAUCAUGGUGCAAGCUUUUGCAGAUCGUAUUCUCGUUCUUGUUACGCAGAUGGGCAAAGUUGGCAACUUGAUUCAAGCAUCCAUCCCUUCGACCACGCCGCUGCUAUCAACUCAUGAUCUUGAUGAUCCUAUUGAAAUUUCGGAUUCUCCUAUUGGAAUUCCUGCGCCCUCCACACUUCAUUCAUUAUAUGCAGCACAAAUUGCCACCAUCAUCUGGGUUGAAGAAGAAAAGAGAUCGCUGGGCAUAGACCGAAGAAGCGUUGUAGUUGGUAUUGCGCUUCGAAAAGCCAGAGUUAUGGAAGGUGAUGGACUAGAUGCUGAUGAGAGGAAAACAUUCCAUGGGGUGAUGAAUCAUCUUUACGGACUG